AUGCGCACUUGGUCCGCUUCGCCGGCAGCUCACCUCGGCUCCCCGGCUCGUGGGUCGAAGGGCCUGUUGUUCAAGACUAGCUCCCGUGGAUCUGCCGUACUCGCCCUGUUGCCACUUGGCCUGCUGUGGGCUUGCCAGGGCGGGCCGAGCGAGCGGACCUUUACCCGGCCUCCGGUCAUCUUGAUCGAUGUCGACACCCUACGUGCCGACCACCUGGGCUGCUACGGCUAUGAGCGCGACACCAGCCCCAACAUCGACCGCUUGGCGGAGCAGUCGGUGCGUUUCGAGUGGACUUUCAGCCAGGGUCCCAACACGCCACCCUCGCAAGCUUCGAUUCUGAGCGCCCUGUACCCGACCGCCCAUGGCCGGAUCGGCAACAACCAGCCGCUGCCGCCCGAGGUCACCACCAUGGCCGAGGUGCUUUCGGCAGCGGGUUACGACACCGCGGCGUUCGUCGAUGGCGGUUUGAUGGCGGCCGGGUUCGGGCUCGAGCAGGGUUUCGGGAUUUACGAUGACGAGGCCGGUCACCUGAAGAAGAUCGCGCCGAAGGUGCGCGAUUGGCUCGGCCAGCGCGCCAGCGAGCAGCCGUUCUUUCUGCUGGUCCACACCUACGACGUUCACUCGCCCUACGAGCUGUCGCCGGAACCGCACCGGUCGCGCUACCUCGAAGGGCUCGAGCUGCCGUCGAAGCACUUCCAACGCAACAUGUCGGGAGUGAUGAAAGAGACCUGGGACGCUCGCUUCGAACCCGAUCCGCCGCAGCUCAACCCGGUCGAGAUGGACUGGGUGAAGGCGCUCUAUGACGGCGGUAUCCGUCAUGUCGACAGCUGGGUCGGCGAGCUCGAAGCCGAGCUCCGGCGAUUGGGCUUGUGGGAUCCGUCGAUGGUGGUCUUCAUCUCCGACCAUGGUGACGAACUCGGUGAGCACCAGGAUCUCUUCCACGAGCGACUCUAUUCGCCGGUGACCCGCAUCCCGAUGAUGAUCAAGUUCCCGACCGCAAAGGGCGCCCCGACCCCGCGUCGUGGGGUGGUGUCGGCGGUGGCGGAGUCGAUCGACAUGAUGCCCACUGUGCUCGAGGCACUCGGCCUGGAGGUGCCCGACGGUAUCCACGGCGAAAGCCUUCUUCCGGUGAUCGACGGUGUCUCCCGCGGUCGCGAGGUGGCGAUCAGCGAAUCGCCCUUCCGCGGCCGGCGUAUUGCCUUGGCGACGGGUGAUUUCCGGCUGCUUUACACCGCCCUCGGCGAUUCGACCGAACUCUAUGACUACCGCCGUGAUCCGCACGAGCUAAACGACGUCGCGGUCGACUUCCCAGAAGUGGAGAAGCGCUUGAAGGAAGGCGUACUGCGCUGGCAAGACCACAUCGAGCAGUACCGCCGUGAGUCGACUGAGAUCGAAAACCUCAAGGCCGAGACCAUCGAGCAGCUGCGCGCGCUGGGCUAUCUCGACUAG